AUGGUAGACCUCUUCCAGCUCCCUGUUGAGCGAUACUCACCAAAAGACAAGCAGAGAUGGCCAGUGAUCAUCACUAGCAUCGUCUCAACAGUAACAAACCGUCUUCAUACGCUCUCCACGUCUGGCAGUGCCGACGAUAGCGAGACCAAAGACAGUAUCAAGGAGGGGAAGGAGAUCGUCGCCAAGCUGUCGGCACUCAAACAUGAGAUGGGCAAGAACGCGGUCUUGUCUCCAGUAGAGCAAGAUGGCGGGGGCAAUAUAGCUUGUUACAAUGACGAGCUGGCAGCUUUGCCCGAGGACGACAAACGCUGGUUUACAAUGAACUGGCUGUUUGCGGAAUGCUACCUUUAUCGGAGAGUACGCACAUUCUUUGCGCUCACUCAGCAAUGGAAAGAGUAUGAUCCGUUCUUCGAUUCCAAGGCGGAGACGUACCGCUCGAGCUCAUUGGCGAUAUUGCAUCUGGCCAAAGCUCUGCAUGCUAUGGUAGAUCAGCCGGAACUCAGCAAGGACUUCGAACAGCCUGGAUCCCCUUUGGAGAUUGCCUUUCUGGAGAUGGUCCAAGCAGAUCUCUGGGGCAACGCGACAGACCUCUCACUCCUGGUCGACCUAAAGUAUGAGGACCUGCAGAAGCUCCAAGCGGUCGGCGCGGAAGCACAGGCAGAGCAGGCCAAAAUGAUCCUUCGGAAUGACCUUCCGAAGGUCUGGGCGCAUUUGAAGGGACUGAAGGGCGGCCAAGUUGACAUCGUGCUCGACAACGCUGGAUUCGAGCUGUACACUGACCUCAUCUUGGCGGACUUUCUGGUCUCAUGUACUCCUUUCGUCUCGACAGUAGUCUUCCACCCAAAAGCCAUCCCCUGGUUCGUCUCGGACGUCCUCCCCUUUGACUUCACAUGGGCCAUCACCUCCCUCUCCGAUGCCUCCUUUUUCCCUUCUCUCGCCCUCGAGCAGAUCACCGACCUUGCCCGCCUUUCUGAGCGAUGGCAAUCCCACCUCAAAAGCGGCGUCUUCAAGCUCUCCGUCCCUACCGCCACACCCCUCGGAGCGGACACCACAGAAGGCGGAUUCUGGACAACGCAGCAUGCGUUCCAAGAUAUGCCGGCUGUUGAUCCAGGAUUGGUGGAGACGCUCGCACAGAGCGGACUGGUCAUCUUCAAGGGGGAUCUGAAUUAUCGAAAACUGAUCGGUGAUGCCAAGUGGCCAGCUACUACGCCGUUCACAGAGGCCUUAGGACCGUUGGCGGGAAGAUUCCCCCUCUUGACUGACUUGGUUAGAUGCGGCCUCGCGGAAGGGGUCGAAGCUGAAAUAGGGGCAAAGUCACCGGACUGGAGGGUAUCAGGAAAGUGA